AUGCCCUCUGCCACCUACCAAUAUUUAUUGGACUCUACGGAGACUCCCAGCUCAAACACAUCCCUGCAUUGUCUCCCUGAAGAUGUUUGUCUUCCCAAAGGGCACUCCAGCCGCGUCGCGGUCGUGAGUUGCGGUCUCCCCUCGACACCACCAGACAUUGAUUCCUCAUCUCAUUUGUACUCACUCUCCGCUGCCAAAAUGACGACUCCGUUUCCUCUCUUACGUCUUCCAAGACUUGCGCUGAUUCCUGUUUUUCAACAAAUGGAGCUUAUUGAAGUAAUCGCCUUCUCCCUAAUCUCUCAAAAAAGUUACAAUCUCUCAAAAUACCUUCGCAAAAAAACAUCUUUCCGCUACAUUGGUCUGGAAAUAGAGAAUAACUGCGUUCGUAUGAGGAUUGCUCUGACAGAUGGAUCAUCCCUAACACUGUAUUUCUACACAGAUGUCUUGACGACGGUAGAAGUGUUUUGUCCGUACAAAAAAAUUCAAUGGAAAAAUAUCGGAUUAUCUGCAGAACAAUGGAUUCAGCGAGUUUUCAAUAUAACAAAAUGUUCAUUUUUAAGUAAACUAUGGCUCAAUGGGACACCAGACAACAAUGUGCUCUCGUUUUUUAAUGUAGUUUCCAAAGUCUCUGACCUCCAAAUCUCGCUCGACUGCACAAACGCUUUUGCUACACAAGCACUGCAAAUUCUCUUGCCAGUCACUUCAUCGAUCACUUUGUUUAAAGUUCCCUUUUCGACUCGAGAAGAAUUCCAAAGAUUUUGGUUGAGGGAUGUGAAAUGUUUGACUAUCUACAACAAAAAUCUAUCGAGAUUUCAAUUCAACCUUAACUAUCUUCUAGUUUCGAAUGCAGUCAAACUUGACUUGAGAGAGAUCUCAUUGAGGCUGAGUGACCUCAACCGUUUCUUCUCACGCUGGUUAAACAAAAAAUCUAAUCAUCGGCUGGAGCAUCUGUCAGUGAAGUCAGUUGGGCAUUUCGAUGAAGACGUUCUUCUAAAAGGAUUAAAUGCUACUCGUUUUACAGAAAACCGGACUAGAGAAUUCUCGUUUUUUGAAUUCAAAGAAGUCGCUGGAGGGUUUGAUGUGAGAAGAAUAGAUGGAAAGUUGGCAGCUAUUACAUUUGGAAGUUGUUAUAAGGGAGCAUUCAUCAACUUUGACGCUUGUUUAUAG